AUGAAAUUUAAGAUUUAUCAAACUAAAGAACCAAAGUCGAAGGAGGCCGUUUUUGCACUUGGAUGGUGUAAUAACGAGGAAAUAUACAGCUGCAACGAUGACCAUCAACUCUAUAGGUGGACCACCACCAAUAGGGACGUCAUGCAAGUUGCGAAACUUCCAGAUGAUUUUAGCCCUACUGACCUGCACUGGUUACAGCCAAAAGGAGCUGGUAUGGGUAGCUCAGGAGGAGCCGGUUCCAAGGGAAGUGAUACACUAUUAAUUUGCAGUGCUGAUGGUAGGUUUAUAAUUUUAAACAAAAGCGCCAGGGUAGAGCGAAACGUUGCGGCUCACACGGCUAGCAUAGUUUCUGGUCGCUGGAGUCCGGAUGGAGCUGGAUUACUGACAGCCGGCGAGGACGGGAUAAUCAAAAUUUGGUCUCGAUCCGGAAUGUUACGUUCUACAAUCAUACAAAACGAGGGACAGAUUCGAUGCGCUAGAUGGGCACCGACUGCAACGGCAAUAGCAUACGGUCAAGGACCUUUCGUAGCUGUAAAACCACUUGCAGCCAACAGCAAGCUGACAAAAUGGAGAGCUCACGACGGGCUGGUUUUGUGCAUUGCGUGGUCCAAUAAUACCGAUUUCAUUGCGUCUGGCGGAGAGGACUGUCGGUACAAAAUUUGGGAUGCUAAUGGAGCCAAUAUCUACACAAGCGUUAGUGACGAUUACGCGAUUACAUCCCUUGAUUUCAGUCCUGACGGAGAACUUUUGGCAGUAGGCGGAUUCAACAUGCUUAAACUUUGUCAUUAUUCAGGGUGGGCGCAUAGUAUCAACCGAUUUAAUCAGGAAGUCGUUGGGUCUCUGUUCAACAUUGUAUGGUCCUCAGACGGGACACAAAUAGCUGCCGGUACUAGCACCGGAAUUGUUUUAUUUGGCCAUAUAAUCGAACGUGAGCUACGAAAUCGAAAUUUGAAAGCUAUUACAAGCGGUCGAAAGACCAUAACGCUGAACGAUAUCGUUACUAGAACGAAGGAUACGCUUGACUUCGCCGAACGGAUUAUUAAAUGGGAACUAGGAUAUGGUCAUCUAGUUGUUGCAACUGUUCACCAAGUUCACAUUUUCAACGAAAACUAUUUCAACACUCCGAUAAUUAUCGACGGAAGGGCUGACAUCAAAAUUAUAAUUCUAGGGAAGAAGAAUUUUCUUCUAGUUGACAAUAACUCAAUAUGGAUUUAUACUUACACUGGUCGCCUUCAUCUGAACCCUCGCUUUCCAGCAUCACAGUCGCAAAUUCCUCAUUUAAGCAAUCGUUGCAUUUCAUUGGGCCUAGAUACCCUUGCCAUUAGAGAUUAUUCGGACCAAACGGUAAUACACGUUUUUGACCUCUUACCUGGAGCCACUAGACAAGAAGAGCCUUACACUAUUCAAAAUAAAUCCCCAUUGGUAGAAGUAGCAGUUUGCCGCUUUGGCAAUCCAGAUGAUCAGUAUCUGGUGUUCAUAGAUGUGAACAGGGAUCUGUUCAUAACCUGUGUGAGAAGUGGUCCUGACUAUCCAAUACACAAAAUUGGAACACAGGUUUGUACCGUUAUGUGGUCCAGUGACACUAACAUUCUAGUGGGACUUCAUGAUUCAUGCUACAGCGUUUGGUACUGCCCAGGUGAAGCGUGUACGGAUCCCACCUUGAUUGCUCUAACGUCGUUUACAUUUGAUACCGCAGAAUUCGGCAAAAAUAUCACACUGGAGAACUUCGAGGGCGCUAACGUUACUUUGCGUAGUUCCGGUGCCAUAUUUACUAUCACAGUAAAGAUGUACUGUGUGAUUUUACACAAGCUUUUCGCCGAUAAUGCAUGGGAACGAGCCCUCAAACUUUGCCGUCUUGUUCAAAAUCAAAUUCUUUGGGCUACGCUGGCGGCAAUGGCAUCGAAACGAAAUCAGCUGGAAAUCAGCAAGGAAGCAUUCUCUGCGGCACUUCAAAUAGACAAAGUUAGUUAUUUGAGCUACAUGAAAGACCUGGCACCGACCAGUCCGGAACAGAUGGCCGAGAACUCCAUUAUGAAUGGGCGAAUUCAGGAAGCGGAAAUCAUCCUGUUGCACAAUAAAAAAAUUCACGAAGCAAUACUAUUUUGCUUGAGAAUGCAUCGUUGGAGCCGUGCAUUGGAUAUAGCCCAGAAAAACGAUACGGACUUGAAGUUUGUACUGAAGGAGAGAAAAAGUUAUCUAAUGGCUCUGGGUAGAGAAGAACAUGAUCCGAAUUUUUUGGGCUUACAGUAAAAACUAAUGGCUUUAUUAAAUUACUAUCAAUACAUUAAUUAA